AUGGAGGGAGAUGAGGCCUACGGCACGGGGGGUCUGAUGGAUGACCCCGAGGACUACUAUCCGCCUUCACCACCGCCUACGAAACAAAUCUUUGGCAUGCAAAAUGGGAAGCAAGUGACGCUGCAUCUGGUCGGGCACAGUCCCACAGAGGCGCACCAUCUGUGGAAUGGGGCCAUGUUCAUAUCGGAUUACUUCGAGCAAGACCCUUCGAGGGUCGAGGGCAAAUCCGUCCUCGAGCUGGGCGCCGGGGCUGGUUUGCCGUCGUUGGUUGCGGGCAUCCUGGGAGCCAAGAAGGUGGUCAUGACGGAUUUUCCAGACCCCGACCUGGUGGCCAACAUGCAAAAGAACAUUGACGAAUGCAACGCGACAGUUGAGCCCGAGGGCCAUAUUGAGCGGACAAUCGACGCCGCUGGGUUUGUUUGGGGCGCCGACCCGGAGCCCCUUCUUGCUAGACUUGCGCCUGGAUAUCAAAAAGGCGACCGCGGUGACGGCAUGCAACAGAGGUUUGACGUCUUGGUCCUUGCGGAUCUGCUGUUCCGACACUCGGAGCACGGGGCUCUCGUCAAGACCAUCAAGGAGACCAUGCGCGCGUCGCGGGAUAGCGCCGCCUACGUCUUCUUCACGUCUUACCGCCCGUGGAAGCAAGAUCUCGACAUGGGCUUUUUCGACGUUGCUCGGAACGCGGGUCUCGAGGUGGAGCAGGUCUCCGAAAGGAAGUUGGAGAAGCCCCUCUUUGAAGGAGAUCCGGGGGACUUGGAUGUGCAAAAGACUGUCAAGGGGUUUAUAGUGCGGUGGCGGGUUGAAGAUUCAUUGUAUAUUGUGCUUCAUCAAUCCAAGUUUGCCGCAAAGCCACCUGAGCGUAUGCCGCCCCAGACAAUAGCUCAAGGACCACUUGUCGCCGUCUGCUGUGGAGGCAACUCGGAGAAUUACGGAGUACAAAGGAUACUUGAGUCAGAUCUAUCUGGUCAUAUGCCCGCCCAAAAGUCAACCGGCCAUCUGGCUGAGUUGGAGAGAGAUGGAUUCGUUGUUGUUCGAGGCAUUGUCACCGGUCAGAAGCUUGAGGAACUUCGUGAAGCUAGUCUAAAGGUCGAGAAGCUUGGACGGUCUGGUCAAUGGCCACACAUUCGGACCGUUGGCAAGCAGUUCCCUCCGUGGACCUUUUCAACUGAGAAGGGCAUCUGGGGUGUCCAGCAUCUCAUGAACCCUGAUCUGCCCGGCCACGAGAUCUUCACCCGUCAGUACUUCUCUGAAGAAAUCUUGAGCAUCGUCCGUGAACUUCUCCAGUGCGACGACAACGAGCUUGUCAUGGAGCUCUUCAACAUGCUUGUCCGACCAGACGAGCACUUUGAGCUUCGGUGGCACCGGGACGAUAUCCCUGCUGAAGCCUCUGCCGAGGAAGAGAUGGAACGUCUCGGCCGUCCUGCGUUUCACGCUCAGUACAAUUUUGCUCUUUGGGAGGAUGAGUCCCUCGUCCUGAUCCCCGGAUCUCACAAGCGCCCUCGAACCGAGACCGAGCGUAAUGCUGAUCCUUUUGAGAAAGUUCUACCGGAACAGCUGGUUGUUAAACUGGGUCCUGGAGACAUUGCCUUCUACAACAACAAUAUCCUCCACCGUGGUGUCUAUGACUCGAAAAAGGACCGUGUCACUUUGCACGGCUCUGUCGGCCACUCUGGUGGUAGUAAGCUCCGUGCCCGCAACGUCUUACAGCAUGGCAUUGGCGGCUAUGUCGACAAGGUUGACUUCUCUAAGCUGAGCGAUGGUGAGAGACAGCGGGCUGAGGAAAUGCGCGCUAGACUGGUUAAAUUGGGUAGUGAGAGUGGUGACGUCGGAUAUUCUCUACAGGGAUAA